AUGAGGGAUGCGUCUGUCUGCGGGUACCGCCGGAGGCUCGUCCAUCUCGCCUGGAUGUGCCUGUUCUCCUCCGUGCCGCACACUGGAGCCAGGGUGCUGGAGAGGACCUUCGAGGAGUGGCUGAGGUACCGUGACGAGUGCCUGAGGAGGAUGGCGAGCGAGCCGUACCCGGCAGGGCUUUUCUGCAACCGGACGUUUGACAUGUACGCCUGCUGGCCAGACGGGAGCCCCGGCACCGCCGUCAACGUCUCCUGCCCUUUCUACCUGCCCUGGUUUGAGAAAGUGAGACACGGGCAGGUGAGCCGCAGGUGCGGGCCCGACGGGCAGUGGGUGACGGUGAAUGGCAGCCAGCCUUGGCGGGACUACUCGCAGUGCGAGGAGGAGAUGGAGUCCACCAUCGAGGAGGAGGGCGCCCGCAGGCUCAUGGUGAGCUUCAAAGUGCUCUACACCGUGGGGUACUCGCUGUCGCUGCUGACCCUCGUCUCCGCCUUGCUGGUCCUCACCGUCUUCAGGAAGCUCCGCUGCACCAGGAACUACAUCCACGCCAACCUCUUCGCCUCCUUCGGGCUGCGGGCCGCCUCGGUGAUCGUCAAGGACGCGCUGCUGGAGAGGCGCUGGGGCGUGGAGGCGGCGCGGGUGGCCGACUGGGAGGCCUUGCUGAGCAGCGAGGCGGCCGUCGGCUGCCGGGCGGCGCAGGUGGUGAUGCAGUACUGCAUCCUGGCCAACCACUACUGGUUCCUGGUGGAAGCCGUCUACCUGUACAAGCUGCUGAUCGGCGCCGUCUUCUCCGAGAGGAACUACUACAGGCUCUACCUCUACCUGGGCUGGGGCACGCCGGUGGUGUUCGUGGUGCCCUGGGUGGCCGCCAAGUACCUGAAGGAAAACGCCGAGUGCUGGGCGCUCAACGAGAACAUGGCCUACUGGUGGAUCAUCCGCAUCCCCAUCCUGCUGGCGUCCCUGAUCAACCUGCUGAUCUUCAUGAGGAUCCUCAAGGUGAUCCUGGCCAAACUCCGUGCCAACCAGAAGGGCUACGCGGACUAUAAGCUGCGGUUGGCCAAAGCCACACUGACCCUCAUCCCCCUCUUUGGGAUCCAUGAGGUAGUCUUCAUCUUUGCCACUGACGAGCAAACCACAGGCAUCCUGCGCUACGUCAAGGUGUUCUUCACCCUCUUCCUCAACUCCUUCCAGGGUUUCCUGGUGGCGGUGCUAUAUUGCUUUGCCAAUAAAGAGGUGAAGUCAGAAAUGAAGAAGAAGUGGCAGCUCUGGAAGCUUGAUCACCCAGUGCUCUGCUGCACUCAGUGA